AUGGAAUCCUCUGCAAUAUCCCUCUACUUCUCAUUACUGCGAAGAAACGCUCCCGAUGCAGAGCCCGAGCACAAGGAAUAUCUCAUCAAUCUGAUCGACUCGCCGGGACACAUCGAUUUCAGUUCCGAGGUUUCGACUGCCUCGCGACUUUGCGAUGGCGCCGUCGUGCYGGUCGAUGCUGUGGAGGGUGUCUGCUCGCAGACAGUCACUGUGUUACGGCAAGCAUGGUCUGAGAAGCUCAGGCCACUGUUGGUAAUCAACAAGAUGGACCGCUUGAUCACUGAGCUAAAGCUCAGUCCGGGCGAGGCUUACACUCAUCUAUCCAAGUUGUUGGAACAGGUAAAUGCUGUCAUGGGUAGCUUUGCAUUGGGUGAGAGAAUGGAAGAUGAUUUACGAUGGAGAGAGCGGAUCGAGGAGAAACGUACUGCUGCGAGCGCCGCAAAGGAGCAGGAAGAUGGCACUAAGAGCCAGCGCGGCGGCAGCAAGACUCAGGAUGAUCUACUUGAUGAGCUGAAUGACUCUACCAAUGAAGCUCCAGCAGAGUACCUCGAAAAGGAAGAUGAGGACAUCUACUUUGAGCCCGAGAAGAACAACGUGAUUUUCAGUUCUGCUAUCGACGGCUGGGCGUUCACCCCACGACAGUUCGCAAGUUUGUACGAAAAGAAAUUGGGCAUCAAACGGAAAGUACUGGAAAGGGUUCUUUGGGGAGACUUCUACCUGGAUCCAAAAACAAAACGCAUCCUGGGGCCGAAGCAUCUCAAGGGUCGCAACCUGAAGCCCAUGUUUGUUCAGCUUGUCCUCGAGCAAGUCUGGGCAGUAUACGAAGCGACGACUGGAGGUUCCAACAACAAGGGCGACUCGGCAUUAUUGGAGAAAAUCACGAAAGGUCUCAACCUGAAAAUACCGGCUCACAUCAUGCGGUCAAGGGAUCCCAAAGCUCUUCUCUCUGCCGUGUUCGCCGCUUGGCUUCCGCUGUCAACUGCACUCUUGGUCUCUGUCAUCGAGACUUUACCGUCACCUAAAGCAGCGCAAGAGAGCAGGAUGCCGGCACUUUUAAAGCAGUCGCCGGGCUCCGAGCAAAUUGCUACUGACAUUCGUGACGCUAUGGUGCAUUCCAACUCAAAGAUUGGGCAGCCCACGGUCGCAUAUGUUAGCAAAAUGAUCUCGAUACCGGAAAGCGAGCUACCGAACAACAAGCGGCGAGGUGGAGUGCUCACAGCGGAAGAGGCCCAGGCGCUUGGCCGUAAGAAAAGAGCUGAAAUUGCCAAAGCACAAGCACUUGCCGGUGAGGAAGCCAACAUCGACUCAGUGGCAGACGCAUUGAGCACUGCUGCUAUUGGUGACGAAGGCGACCUCGACAGCGCGACAAACGGCGAAGCAGAGCAGAACAAUGAUCCUGAGCAUUUGAUCGGCUUCGCGCGACUUUUCUCCGGUACUCUCACUGUAGGAGACGAAGUCUACGUCCUCCCUCCCAAGUUUACACCGGCACGACCUCACGCCCAGCCACAGCCGAAAAGAGUCACUAUAACUGCUCUCUACUUGCUCAUGGGCCGGAGUCUAGAGUCUCUGAACUCGGUUCCUGCUGGUAACAUUGUUGGUAUUGCCGGGCUGGAGGGCGCAGUUCUCAAGAACGGCACCAUCUCGUCACACUUGGAGGGUGCACCAAACUUGUCGUCUACGACAGCAAUCUCAACAAACGCGCCAAUUGUGCGAGUAGCUUUGGAGCCCGCCUUCCCGGGAGACCUUGAUAAGAUGAUCCGCGGUCUGCAUCUCCUCGAACAAGCCGAUCCUGCGGUGUCGUAUGAACAGCUGGAAAGUGGAGAACAUGUCAUCCUCACAGCUGGAGAACUGCAUCUGGAGCGCUGCCUUAAAGACUUGCGAGAGCGCUUCGCCAAGUGUGAUAUUCAAGCUGGCGAGGCGAUUGUACCUUACAGGGAAGGCAUCGUCAAAGCCGAGGAGAUGAGUCCACCUCAGGAUCCAAAGUUGGGUCGCGGCAGAGUCGAGGGUGUGACAUCCAGCAAACAGGUGACUGUGCGUCUCAGGGUUGUUCCCUUGCCGGCGCCCGUUACUGAAUUCCUAGUAAAGCACAGUAGUGCUGUAAAGCGACUGUAUUCCGAACGCAAGGCGCAGGAGGAGGAACGAGCGACCGGGAAAGUCGAUGACGAAAAUGCUGAAGAGCAAGAACAUGAUAUUGAAGCAGACGACGACGCAGGUGACGCUGGGCAACAACUUUCCACGGCAGAGUUCAAGCAGCGCCUCCUUGAGGCGUUCGGCGAAGAGAAAGCAGACAAGGAGCUGUGGAGUGACGCCGUUGAGAAGAUCGCUUCUUUCGGACCUCGUCGUGUGGGUUCAAACAUCCUCAUCGAUGCGACAGAAGGAGCUAUCUGUGGCAGAUUCCUCCACGAAGAUGGAGACCAAGUCGACGCUGCUGAGGACAAGCACUUCUCUGCCCUCGCUGACAAGAUUGCGUACGCAUUUCAGCUUGCUACUUACCAAGGUCCAAUGUGCAACGAGCCCAUGCAAGGCGUCGCCGUCUUCCUGGAAAAUUUAUCGACUGAAUUAUCACCAGAUGAGGUUAGUGCGAAUAUGGGCCGUCUAACGGGUGAAAUCAUCCGCACAGUCAGAGAGUCCAUCCGUCAGGGUUUCCUGGAUUGGAGCCCUCGAAUCUUGCUGGCGAUGUACAGUUGUGAAAUUCAAGCUUCYGCAGAGGUUUUGGGCAGAGUAUACUCCGUCAUCACUCGUCGAAGAGGACGGAUUGUCAGCGAAUCGCUCUUGGAACCCUCGACAAACUUCACGAUCCUUGCUUUGUUGCCCGUGGCGGAAUCAUUUGGUUUCUCCGAUGAGAUUAGACAACGCACCUCUGGUUUUGCGGCGCCGCAACUGGUCUUCGAAGGGUUUGAGAUGCUGGAUGAAGAUCCAUUCUGGGUACCUUUCACGGUAGAUGAGUUGGAAGAUCUUGGAGAGAAGGCAGAUAGGGAGAACGUUGCGAGGAGGUAUGUUGAUGCCGUCAGGGGGAGGAAGGGCUUGGCAGUGAAGAAGAAGGUCGUGGAGAGUGCUGAGAAGCAGAAGACUUUGAAGCGGUAG